AUGCUUCGCACUCUGCGGGUUCGGCCGCAUCUAGUCCGCCUUUUUCAAGCGCAAGCGCUACAACAACGCUUCAUAAAACGACAUGGAACGCAGUCGACCCCAGGGAGCAGCAAUGUUGGCAACGUUAUGAGAUACGUUUCGACUGCUAUUGUUCUUGCUGCCAUAGGCGCUUGGUGGUCGCUAGCUACAACCGAUCCUGCACCACCUCUGGAGAGCCGACCAGGCCAGCAUCUUCUCGUCGAGUCCGAUCCCUCGAAGGCCGAAGUAACGCGAAUUCUUUCACAAGAUGCAUAUUCUUUCAUUGUUAGAAACGUGGCUGGCGUUGGGAGGUAUGACGGGGCUCAGCUGGCUUCUAAUAGCCCGUGUGAAGACCGCUUCACCCAUGGCCUCGUCUUCCCCUGGCACAAUGGCAGUCCAUGGGUUGCUCUGGCUCUAUUUGAUGGACAUGCAGGCUGGCAGACAGCCGAAUUUCUGGAGAAGAACCUACUACCUUCCGUGCAACAAAGCCUAGGCCUAAUGAAGCCACCGUCAAACGGUCAAGUUACGCCGGAACGAACAAUCCACGACGCCAUCAUGAAAGCGUUUGUUGAUCUCGAUAACUCCAUCAUCAAGAAAGCUGAGGAUGCCUCCGAGAGCGACCAGUCUCUGCAAGAAAAGGUGCGGAGAUUUGCCCCUGCUUUUGCUGGUUCAUGUGCUUUGUUGUCUCUGUACGAUCCCAUGACCAGCGGACUGCACGUGGCAUGUACGGGCGACUCCAGAGCGGUUCUUGGGCAACAGAGCCCAGACGGCAAGUGGGAAGCAGUUCCACUAUCUACAGAUCAGACUGGUCGGAAUGAGGCGGAAGUUGCAAGGUUGAAUGCAGAGCACCCAGGCGAGGAAGGCCUAACUCAGGACGGCCGUGUUCUGGGACUCGCAGUUUCACGGGCCUUCGGGGACGGGCGAUGGAAGUGGCCCUCGGAAACAAUGGAGAGCUUCAGCAGGAGAUUCUGCGGCCCCGGAGUCCUGCCACCAAAAUACAGCAUCAGGACACCACCGUAUAUGACGGCCGAGCCGGUUGUGACAACGACUACGAUUAAGUCGGACAGGCCUUCCUUUCUGAUACUAGCGACAGAUGGUAUGUGGGAUCGCUUAUCGAAUCAGCAAGCUGUUGAUCUCGUGGUGGCGUGGCUGGAUUCAAGAUCCCAAGGGGCUGGCACGGAAGAGCCGACAUCAUAUCCACCGUUCGACUUUGGUUCUUUCCGGGAAGGAGUGAGCCCGGGCUUCGUUAAGGAAAGGACAAUCGUCCAAGACGAUAAUGCCGCCGUGCAUUUGAUGCGGAACUCCCUUGGUGGAAACCAUUUCGAGAUGGUAGCGGGAAGGCUUGCUCUGACCCCUCCGUACUCCCGGAACCGGAGAGAUGAUAUAACGAUCCAGGUAGUAUUCUUUAACAGUGACACAGCUCAGGUGAAUAAGUAG